AUGGAAAAUAUAAGUAGUGAAACAAAAAAUGAAAUUUUCGAAGAAGACGAGGUGUUUGAUAAUACCUCACUACUGGCGAAUUUCGAAAAUUCUGCCUUUAAAGAUAGUACAUUUACUGAAGAAACUUUUAAUGGACAGAACCAUAAAUCCAUUAACAGAAACACGUUAAAUGUGAGUGCUUUGUGCUGUGAUGAAGAAAUCAGUGGAUAUGAUAAGUUGAUGGGUAGAACAUGGAUUUAUCCAACAAAUUAUCCUGUCAGAGAUUACCAGUUCAAUAUUAUCAAAGCUUCUAUUUUGAAAAAUACAUUAGUGAGCCUCCCAACAGGUCUUGGAAAAACAUUCAUUGCUGCUGUUAUUAUGUACAAUUUUUACCGAUGGUAUCCUCUGGGCAAAAUAGUGUUUACAGCGCCCACAAGACCUCUUGUGGCCCAACAGAUAGAGGCUUGCUAUAAUAUUAUAGCUAUCCCACCAAAGGACACAAUUGAAAUGACAGGUCAUAUGCAAGUGAACACUAGAAAAACGCACUGGGAAACUAAACGAGUGUUUUUUGCAACACCACAAGUGAUAUACAAUGAUAUCAAGUCUGGCAUAUGUCCCGGCGAGAAGAUACGAUGUCUUGUCAUCGACGAAGCUCACAGAGCACGCGGCAACUACGCUUACUGUCAGAUUGUAUCUACUUUAACAGAAAGGGGACAUAAGACUUAUAGAUUGCUAGCUUUGUCUGCCACUCCGGGGAGCAAGGUCGAGGAUGUGAUUACUGUAGUGAAGAAUUUACACAUAGCUCAUUUGGAAUUACGUACUGAAAACUGUAUUGACGUAGCACCAUACAGCCAUUCUAGAAAGAUCAACACAGUGGUUGUACAGCUGGGGCCGGAGCUAACACAACUACGACAACAAUAUGUUGAGAUAUUGGACGUCUAUGCGAGAAGGUUGAAGCAGUUGAAUAUUCUCCCGCAAAACCUUGGCAACUUGUCCAAGGGCCGUGUCGUGAUGCUAUACAAGGAGUAUCAGUGUAAAGAAAGAGGUGCUCGCCACCCACAGCACAAUUACAUUAUGAAAGAUUUUACCCUUCUGAUCGCGUUAUAUCAUGGUUUGGAGUUAUUGGUAAAACACGGCUCCAGAGUGUUUCUUAAUUUCUUUGAUGAACACCCAGAAAAGUCAUGGAUACAGUCCGACGACCGCCUCACAGCUCUGCUAGAAAGGUUACGGGACGACCUUGGAAUAAAUCCGUUGUCACUGGAUCGAAGCAUAUUACCUGACGGAACUAUACCCGAGAUUCCGAAAAACCUAUGCUUCGGUCACCCGAAAUUUUACAAGCUGAAGGAAAUAAUGUUGGAUCAUUUUCAAAGAGCGAAACAAGCAGGACAAGACACCAGAGCAAUAGUGUUCUGCGAGUACCGGGAGAGCGUGAACUUAGUCCACUGCCUGUUGCUGCAGUGUCGGCCGCUUAUAACUCCGCAGAUGUUUGUCGGACAAGGCGCCUCGGGCAAAGAUGGCAAAACGGUCGUAUCUCAAAAGCAGCAGCUGCGAGUGAUGCGCAGCUUCCGCGCGGGCGACUGCAACGCGCUGGUCGCCACCUGCGUCGCGGAGGAGGGACUUGACGUCGGUUCCGUAGACCUCAUCCUGUGUUUCGAUAUCUCCACGCGGUCUCCCAUUCGUCUGGUACAGAGAUGCGGCCGCACUGGAAGAGAACGAGGUGGGCAAGUUUUUAUUCUAGUCACUGAAGGUAGAGAGCAUCAGACCUUAAUGGAUUGUAUGCGCCAGAGAGACGGUCUUAAUAAAAAAAUAUUACAAUCAAAAGAGGUGCAAGCCAACCUAUACAAGUCGAAUCCAAGGAUGGUGCCACAUGACUUCAUACCUGAAUGUCAGAAAAUGUACAUAACCGUUGCACAAAAGUCCGAUCCAAAGGAAAAAUCUAAAGAUGGUGCUGAGAAAGUUAAAAAGGGUCAAAAGGAUUUAAGGAGCAUGCUUAUGGGACGACCAUCCACAAGCAGUCCUAGUACUUUACUUACUGAAGAGGAAUUCAAAGAAUUAUUUCCAUGUGGGCAUCCCUGUACAGAUUCUAUAUCCAAACCAAUGGAAUAUUGGUGUUUAAAUAAAGAUUCGUUUCAUACGAUCGUAAAAUUGAACAAAAAUGACAAUCUUAAACUUAUAUCGUGGCUAGAAUGGCAGCGAACUUUACAAAAAACAGUCAACAUUAGCCAUUCGAGAGAUUCAGAAGUUUUAACAGAACUCUUACAAUAUUCCGAUGCUAAGAGAUUCGAGUUGCCCCCAUCAACUCAACAUCCUGCCUUUCUAACUCAGGAUUUAAUGCCUCAAAAUUCAGUUAAAAAUAAACUUACGAAGAAAAAACAGAAGAAUUCUAUAAAAUCACCAAUAAAAAGAGAUGGUGAUAUCAGAGCAUUAUUUAGUGCUUCGACGAAAUCCACUAAGAACUAUACAAAGUUAAUAAACGAUUUAGGCGUUCAAAACGAGGGGUAUCUGUCCACACGCAUGAUUAAUUUGUUAGUCGAUCUCAGUUUAGAGAAUGCUAAUGUUAAUAAAAACUGUUACAUUUGCCUUAACGUAUGUCAAUGUUCAUUAAUACAAAAUAUAAGAAAAAUAAAAACGAAGCCAACAAGAAUAGUGGAUUUAAAUAACACAUUAAGGUUACCUGACAUUAGGUUACUAGAUGAUGUCAAAGCUGACGCGAUAUUAAAGUGUGCAAAAUCUAUAAAUGAAAGUAUUACAAACGAUUAUGAUCAAAAUAUUGAUUACAAGAUCCAAGGCUUUGGUAGUCAAAACAAUAUAAAUGAUCAUUUUAUUAAAAGAGUAGAUUUACCGGAAGCAUGUGAUGUGCUGAUCGAAGAUCAUAAUACAAAUGCUGAAGAUGGGAAAAAAAUUCCAGAUGAAAAUUUUGACAUUGGCGACAUCGAAGACAUUUUUGCAGAGAGUAGUCCAGAAAUGUUAGUUGAACAAAACCAAAAUAAGGUUAUAGACAAAAAUGUUAGUGCACCUAAAGAAACAUUAGAAUUCUUUGGGCUAGAUAGUAUAGAAGACAUAUUUGCGGACUAUGAUGAAAGUAGUGAAGAUAAGUCACAAGCUAGAAGCGAAAUCAAAAAACCCGAAAAGGUGGAAACGAUUAACGAAUUUUCAACUACAUUACAACCAGUAAGCCCCUCUAUUUUGUCUGGUAGACAGAAGAUAGAAGUACCGACAUCGCCCAUUCUUUGUAGCCAAGCUCGCAAAUAUCAACUUAGUACAAAAAAAAUGCAACCACAACGCAUAUCUUCUAAAAGCACUGCAAAGAAACAGUUAAUAAUGGAUCUUACAAAUAGUAUUUCGGUAAUUGAUGAAAGUAAACAGAAAGCUGCUAAUGGCAUUGCAGCACCAACUAAUUUAUCCAACAUUAGUAACAAAAGUAUGCUUACUAUCACACAACUUGUAGAAAUGAUAAAUAGAUCUGAAUGUGAAAAACCUGUAGGAGAAUCUACAAAUGAUUUAAAAGAGGUCGAAAUACCUGCCAAUGUUAAUGAAAGAAGCUCUUCACCUAUACUGUUGACUCAGGCAGAUAGAAGUAAAAUCUCAAAUGCUUCCGAAUUCAAUAAAAAUAAAUUAACUCCCUUUCAUUCGGCUACAAACAAAAGCCUUAUUAUUUUAGAUAGUGACAGUGAUUUUGAGGAAGAUACACAAAUUUACGCAGCAGAAAAUGUUUGUGAAAAUAAUAACGAGUCACAUAAAAAAGAAACUCAAGAAAUCCAUCCAACAAAUUGUAAGAGAAAAUUUGAAAUGGAAGAUAACGAUGUUCUGACUGCAUCGCCAUAUUUCAACAAAAGACAAAAAUUAAAUGAAAGUGCGGAAAAACCACUUACAUUACAAGCAAAAGUAUUAGCAGCUAUAACUGCAAAUAAAGUAAAUAACACUAGAACCAAUAAUAAUUCCAAUAUUUAUUGCGCCUUGUCAUUUACCUCGCCUAGCUCAUUAUCACAAAAAGAAAACAUAAGUCCAUUAAAGUUGAAUACAGAAAAUCAAAGUAAUGAUGAAGAAAAGGAAAGUAUUACAAAAAGCGCUUUAGACAUGUUACAGAAGUUUAGGCGAGAUGUUAAAAGCAGUCCGAGUGGAGGAACUAAAAAAGAAAAUGGUUGUAAAUUACCAUUAAAUUCGAAAAGGCAAAUUGCUUUUACUGAUAGCGACGAUGACUUUAUUGGUGAAAUUAAUGAUUGUCGAAAGAAUAAAUCUGUUCUUACGGAUGAUAGUAUGGACAGCAGAAUAACCAAUCACAAAGUUCGAAAAAAGAAAAGAAGAAGAAAUCAGUUUUUGGACGAAGAAGCAGAAUUAUCCGACGAUGGAGCAGGUGUCAGCGGCGAUGAAUUAUCGGACGAAAGUGUUGGAAGCAUCAUUGAUUUCAUUUGUGAUGAUAAUGUCACGCACACUGAAGCCGAUAUGCACGCACAUUACUUAAGAUCAAUAAGGAGUCCAGUUAAAGGCGUCUUUAAAAUACCUCAAUUACCAAAGAUACAUAAUAUUGUUGAGGUGUGUUCACAAUUUAUUGAAGAAGACGAUUAUGAGAUGGAUAGUUUUUGUGUUGACUCGCACAUUGGACUAACACAGGUCAAUGAAGUGUCAGAAUUAGAUAUGGCAGAAAGACUUUUAAAAGAAAAGAGAAAGAAAAAGAAAAACGGUGUAAUCCCAGAAAGAACUGAGAAGGAAAACAGUGAUAGUCCUGUUGUUAGGCGAAAAAACAAAAAUGUGAAGAGACAAAUCCAGAGUGAUUCAGAUGAUAGCAGCUAG